UGUGCAAAGCUACAGUCAUCGGCACAAGUUCAAGCUUGUGCGGCGUUUGGUGCGGAAAAGCGGCAAGUCGAGCAUCCACCAGAAGAGCUCCACUGAGCGCUCCUUUCGCUUCCUCCUUGAUCUGUCCAACACGCUGAUCGAGAGCUCCUGGAUAUGGAUUUUGUUGGUUCUCUCCGCCGCCUUCGUUCUCACCUGGCUGAUGUUUGCUGGCUUUUGGGCCAUCAUUUCCAUUGAAAACGUGGACGCCUCCAAUGGAACGAGCGAAAGCUGCUUGGAAGGAAUCGAAAGUUUCUCCGGAUAUCUGCUGUUUAGCAUCGAGACGCAAACCACCGUGGGCUAUGGAGGCAGAUACAUCAACGAAUAUUGUCCAGAAGCGAUCAUUGGAUUGGUCGUCCAGUUGGUGGUGGGGGCGGCUGUGGGCGGCAGCCUCAUUUGCAUUGUGUUCCUGAAGAUGGUCAGCCCGACCAAGAACCGCCACUCGAUGGUAUGCUUCAGCAAACAAGCAGUGAUUUGUCAAAGGGACGGGGAAUUAUGCUUAAUAUUCCGGGUAAGGGAUUACGACAUGCGAUACGAAUGCCAUACGAACAUCGUCGCCUAUUUGGCUGAAGAAAGGGCCGGGGAACUAUCACUCAGGGCGCUCAAGCUGGAAAAGCCCGGCAUACUAAUUUGGCCGGUCGAGGUCAUUCAUAAAAUCGACGAAAGCAGCCCGUUAUGGGAUCUUUCGGCUAAGGACCUCAUCCUGAAAAGUGUAUGGCACAAUCUCACGGCCACAGGCCCUGACCAUUUCACUAUGACUAUGUGUGAAUAUGGCGUUCCCGAUCAUCAAACGCCCACUGGCGGCUAAAUUAUAACUACACUUUAACUAGUCAAAUUUGACACUUAUUUUGAUUAGAUGUCAUUGUGACUUAUUUUGUUUAGUUCUACCCUAAAGUGUCUAAGUAUCGUUUUAUGUGAGCAGUUCGCAUCGAGCGACUCGUUCACCAAAGAUACUGCACUAAAAUUGAACUGUGUUUUUGCGAGUUUACCUACCGAUGGUGGCGCUGCGAAACGUCAAAUUACUCGUUCUCGAGUGACAGUUGACAGUUGUCAGACUGUCAGAUUUUCUAUCCAACGAUGCCAAAAC